AGCGGGAGCGCGCAGAGAAUUCUGUCCAAACUCAAGCGCGAUCAUGAGAAAACAGCCUCUGGACUGCUCAGCAUCUCACGGACACUAAAAUGUAUCAUCUGCCGUCUGCUAACAAAAAUAGCAGAGAUUUCCAGCGGGAUAUAAAAGGCUACAUUAUGUUUUGGGAUGAUUUGACAUCUGAGCAUUAAAUAUUGUUUUUAAAUCUCAUCAAGUGUCGUGUUGACUGAAAUCCGCGCGAGCGUUAGGAAUAUAUCACCCACAGGAGCUGACAAUGGCAACCAAAUACCUGAUGCUUAUUGCCUUGGGGACUGCAGUGAUUGGCAGUGCGCACUGUUGCCCUGAGCAGUGUAUCUGCUCUGAUAAAUAUAACCAUCAGUUUGCAGAUUGUGCCUACAAAGAACUUCUGGAGGUACCUGUGGGCUUGCCGCCCAACGUGACCACCCUGAGUCUUUCAGCGAACAAGAUUAAAGUGCUGAAAUCCAAAACCUUUAUAAAUGUGACCCAGGUGACCUCUCUUUGGCUGGCUCACAACGAAAUCGUCACCGUCGAGAGGGACACCUUGGCUCCGAUGAUUCAGCUGAGAAAUUUGGAUAUUAGCCACAACAAAAUUGUGCAUUUUCCAUGGGAGGACUUGACCAAUCUCACUGCCCUGCAGUUGUUAAAGAUGAACAAUAACGAGAUGGUCAGCAUCCCCAAGAACGCUUUUUCCAACCUGAAGGACCUGCGUUCGGUCCGUAUCAACAAUAACAAGUUUACCACCAUCGUGCAGGGAACGUUCGAUGCUUUGACUGCCAUGUCCCACCUCCAAAUCUUCCACAACCCCUUCAUCUGCUCCUGCAACCUUGAGUGGCUUAGGGACUGGAUCACCAAAUCCUCAAUCUCAAUCCCUGACCCAAACAACAUUGUCUGUGAUGCUCCGUCCUACCUCAAAGGUACACAGGUGACUAGCAUGCCCAAACUGGAUUGCAAGGCUCCGUCCGUGUCCAUCACAUAUCAGCCAAACAUCGAAAAAACCGAACUCUACGAGGGAUAUUUGGUCAUGCUAUACUGCGAAACAAAAGGAACCCCUAAACCGGACGUCACAUGGGAGAUAUACGCUGGGAACCAACUAAUUACGUUCCCUUUACCCGCCGUUGUCGAAAAAAUUGAGAUUCCGGUUAAUGGGCCGCCUACGAACACAAGGUUCCUUGUGUUUCAAAACGGCACCUUGAUCAUCCCUCGCGUGAGCAAGAAAGAAGACGGCAACUACACCUGCUCUGCCGUCAACGACAUGGGAAAAGCCGAGCGCUCGGUGAGACUUGUUGUCGCAGGCACCAAAAAGCACGCCAUCAAUUCGAUGCUUGACACAAAAGCACCUGUCCAUUUACCAGAAGACAAACUUGGUUCAAAAGGCUCCAAAAACAGCGUUAUUAACAUGUGGUCCAAAUCUGAGGAGAAGACAAAGAGCCUUCCAACCGGAACAUCUCUUAUUGCGAGGGGUAGAGAGCAAGUGGAAGAAGGGGCCGAUAAUUUGCCAUUUGUUGGCAAAUGCGGAAUAAAUGAUGGUACGCAGUACAUCUCCAACCAUGCUUUCAAUCUCAGCUUGGACGAACUCAAACAGUACACGUUUGAUUUUGGGGUUAUCGCUCUGGAGGUUUCAGAGACUGAGGCCAAGGUUCAGCUGAACCCUUUCCAGAUGGCCAACGCAAAGUCAAACAUUCACCUCAGUCAACAACAAGACCUCCAAACUGUAAAUAAGGAGCCUUUUAGCCUUUUCCAGACGUCCACCAAAAAGGCACCCCUGGAUAUGUUGUACCUUUGCGUCAGUACUGGUAAUGGACAUUCAGUGGUGCAGUGGUCCAAGAUAGAGGAGGGCGUCAACGCCUAUCGCUUUCAGGGCCUCAAGCCAGGCACUAAUUACACCCUAUGCCUCACGUAUGGAGGCCAGGACUGUCAAGUCCAAGUGGUCUUCACAACCCGGAAGAAAAUCCCAUCUUUGCUGAUUAUAGUGGUCGUUAGCAUUUUUCUGCUAGCUUUGGCAACCGUGCCCCUGCUGGGAGCCACCUGCUGCCAUCUGCUCUACAAGUAUCAAGGCAAGACCUACAAGUUGAUUAUGAAGACACAAAACCCAGAUCAGAUGGAAAAGCACAUAGCGACGGAUUUCGACCCCAGGGCAUCUUUUGUGGGAUCGGACAAGAACUUUGACCCGAGUGAGCUGGGAGAGGGCGAAGGCGAGGCUGAUGGCGAGGACGGAGAAGGUGAGGAUAUCGAGGGCAGUGUGGUGACCGAGUCCAUUCCCGAGUCACAAUCCAAAACGCAGGAGGAUUUUGAAGCUGGAUCUGAGUACAGUGAUCGGUUGCCACUUGGGGCUGAAGCAGUAAACAUAUCUGCGGAGAUCAACGGUAAUUACAAACAACCCCGUUGAGAUGUUUAUUCUUCGUUUGCUCUGAAACACAAUACAAACCAGGUGAAUACGGAUUGUCUUCUCAUGUAAUAGACUUUAUUCAGAGCUGCGCCAUGGCAGGUAUGAAAGCGGGGCAGUGAGAGAUAGACUUGCAGUGUUUUCAAUAGGCUAGCAUCAGCUGUAAAAAGCUAAUUUUCCACAGCUCAGUUUUUUUUUUUGGUCUACUUGAAUUUCUUGCAAAUAUAUUUUUGCAGUUAUUCGUCAGCAGAACAAUAAAAAAACACAUUACAGAACAAUACAACCAACUGAAAAGAUAUCUAUCCCUCAACGCCUCGCUUGAAUUUCCGUUAAAAAAUGGAAGAUGGCGCCACUGUGAAUAAGGUCUCUAGCCUACAGCCUUUUUUUUACCUCAGCAAGAUAUCACUAUCAGUACGUGCAUACGAUGAGUGUUCAUUAUUACAAAUAGGGGUUUGACAUUUUAUCCAGUGGACUGGACGUAAAUCUAUCUUCAAAAAACCCCUCAUAAUAGCUACAAUUCACUUUCCGUGAGUCUCGUCACUUUCAUUGUCAAGUAGCAUCCAUUUUAAGUCAUCGAUAUAGUGGACAAACAUCGAGCGCUUCUGAGGGAAAUGUGACCCUACUCUUUUCACAGCAUGUGUGUGUCUGGAAAACGAACCAGGUCACCUUGGAAAAAAAAGUUUGUUAAGUGUAAUGUGGGAUCCCAACAUACGUGUGUGAUUUUUAAUAUCUUUGCGACCGGGUGCUUUAAAAUAUCUCUCGCCUUUACGAACUGACUAAACGUCUCCUUUCUUCUGUUUGAGAUAGCCUUUAAUCGUGGCAUGUCACACAAAAGUAUUUUCAAGUGUGUUUUAUUAGGUUACUAUAGACUGUAGAUAUUCAAUGUCGAUUUGUGAUGUAAGCCAAGUAAUCUGAGAAAAUGUUCUCUCUUUUUUUAUAUAUAUAUAAAUGGUCCGUUUUUACCAUGUCAACACGACAUCGUGUGUCCAGUAAACUGACGCAUAUAGUGGCUUGUUUCUUGUCCAGCUGUCCAAUGAUGUUGUAAAAAUAUUCAAACCUUUUAAAUAUUUUGAUAUGAUUUUAUGUAGGACUACGUGACCUUAAUAAAAUACUGAACGAACGAA